CAUUUCCCCAGCUGUCAAACGCUUUUUCCAGGUGGCGUUUUACAUAAUUAGACAACACACAUUUGACAAUUACAGCUAUUAACAUAUUGUAUUCUCCCCUAUUUGACCCUGCGGUUCAUUGUAAUAAAAAGCUACCAUUUCAAGAAGAUGAAAUGGAUUAAACCGACUUGAGGAUUGCAUCAAGUCAUUAGAAACAUGACCUCGAAUGGCCUUGGAUCACCCCCUCUACCAGGACGGGAUGGCAUAUCGCCGGGACCGUUGUCGCCUACGGGCACCUCUAGUCCAAGUUUAGGGGGUCGAUCUUCGAACCCCUUAUCUUCAAAAGUGACAUCAGUUCUUUCAACCUCAUAUGCCGAUUCCGAGUUCCGAGAAUCUCUUAUUCUGUUAGACGAACGCGGCAUCAGCAAUACUGCCGAGACCCGAAGACAGCUACGACUAGACGUCCAGAGAGAGGUCAUCGACAGUAAUGGCAAAAUAAUCACAGAAUUUGGGCGAGUGGCCGAUCAAUUAAGGAGGAUUGGCACAACCAUCGAUAAGCUCAACAAGAGCUACCAAGAUAUGAGAGGCCAUGUCACUGCAGCUCACAAAUCUACGUCCUCUAUCCUAGAGGAAGCAUCUUCUCUUAUGACGCAGAGGCGUAAUAUCGAGACAAAGCAGCAGGUAUUAAAAGCUUUCCGCGAGCACUUCGUUCUUUCGGAAGAUGAGGUGGCCUCCUUGACAUUAGUAGCCGAACCUGUUGACGACCGCUUCUUUGCCGUCUUGGCAAAAGCGAAGCGCAUCAGAAAGGACUGUGAAUUCCUCCUCGGAUUCGAAAAUCAGACCCUCGGCCUUGAGGUUAUGGACCAGACGUCCAAAAACUUGAACCAGGCAUUUCAGAAGCUUUAUCGCUGGGUUCAAAAGGAGUUUAAGACGCUCAAUCUUGAAAACCCCCAGAUCAACUCGUCUGUCCGCCGGGCCAUCCGCGUGUUGGCUGAACGCCCAUCUCUUUUCCAGAAUUGUCUAGAUUUCUUUGCCGAGGCUAGGGAGCAGAUCUUGUCCGACGCAUUCUACUUGGCCCUCACGGGUGACUCGGCGUCUGGCGCAAAGGAUAACUCUGUGAAACCCAUUGAAUUAGUCGCUCACGAUCCGUUGAGAUACGCGGGAGACAUGCUGGCGUGGAUACAUUCAGCCGCGGUUAGCGAGCGCGAAGCCCUCGAGAUCCUAUUUAUAUCCGACGGGAAUGAAAUCGCUAAGGGGAUCCAAGAGGGCCGAGAGAAUGAGCUAUGGCUGCUGAUGGCUGACGAGACGGAUGGACCUCCAGAGUUCGACGCCGUCAAAGCCUUGAAUGAAUUAGUGGACAGAGAUGUCUCUGGUGCGGCGCGUAUACUAAGACAGAGAGUUGAGCAGGUGAUCCAGACCAAUGAAGAGACCAUCCUUGCGUACAAAUUAGCAAACCUACUCGGGUUCUAUAGAUUCACGUUCUCCAAACUCCUUGGCGAAGAGUCGGGUCUUCUACAAGCUAUGGGAAAUCUAGAAUCAGAAGCAUUACGACAAUUCCGUUCCCUAAUGCGAGACCACAUCACAGCUCUCGAAGGCGAAUUCCAACACACACCCUCCGACCUCGCCCCCCCAGAAUUCCUCCAAGACGCACUCAAACAACUAACCGCCAUCAUGAAAACAUACGAAACGUCGCUCGCCUCAGAAGGGGACCGCGAGGCAGACUUCGAGCCUAUACUAGCCGAGUCCUUCGACCCUUUCCUAUCGGGCUGCGAGAAUAUGUCCAAGAACAUCCGCGCGCCCUCUACAUCCAUCUUUCUCAUCAACUGUCUACUCGCGGCCCAAUCCGCGCUCAACCCCUUCCAAGCCUUCACACGCGCCCGCGUCGAGCGCCUGCAAACCGCGAUCGACGAACACGGCACCAAGCUCAUCGAGAGCCAGUACACCUUCUUCCGCUCCGAAUCCGCGCUCGAGCCGCUCUUCGCGGCCUUAGCCCCGCUCGACGACGGCAGCAAAGAGGACGUGGCCAAGGUCGCCGGCCUCGACGCUUUGCAGCCGGAGUCCCUUGUGAGGGCUGGCCAGGGCCUCGACGACUUCUUACCUUCGGCCGUCAUGGACGCCAUGGAGAACGUCAAGCAUCUACAGGACGCGGCCCUCGCGCGCGAGGUCACCGAGGAGGCUGCGGAGAGGUUCUGCGUCGACUUCGAGCAUGUCGAGGAGCUGCUCGCCGCCGCGGACGAACUGGCUGAAGAGGAGGGCAGGACAGGAGGGGACGAAAGGGAGCCAUCGAGUCUAAGAGCACUAUUCCCUAGGACAACGGGUGAGAUUAGGGUCCUAUUGUCAUGAUGAGUACCUACCUACCAACUGAGGCAUUAUAUGAUAACGUUAUUGUCGUCGACAUGAAGGAAAAUACGGCGGAAAGGAGAAUCAAACAGAAGAGUUUUAAGAUCAUAUAUUCUGGUCAUCCUCCCUCUCUUCAUAGACAUAUGAGUGUAAAUGUGA